AUGCCUUACCAAGCUAAUAAGGCAGGUUAUCAAGGAAAGACGAAGGGCCCCAAUUAUUAUUAUGGGUUACAUGGAAUUCCUAUCUUGCUCAAGGACAACAUUGGAACAAAAGAUAAGCUUAACACCAUUGAUGCCUCAUUGGCUUUGCUUGGCUUAGUUGUGCCUCAGGAUGCCAACAGAGAAACAGAACAAGAAAAAGAGGAAAACUCUGUAAAUCUCCUCCUUUCUUUUCCUCAACUUCGUAGGCCAUGGUGUCGGAGUUACACAUAUCUCCUCUCUUAUAUUUGGGCAAAUGACAAAACUGUCCAAGAAGCUCUUCAUAUUCAGGAGAAUCAGGGAAGCAUUAAGGAAUGGGAGAUAUGCAAUAAGACCUUACAUGACUUGUAUAUAUCUGAUGUUUCCUCUAGUCUUGUCUAUCAUGAGAACCUCAUAAAACAAGGCUAUAGAGUUCUGAUUUACAGUGGUGAUCAUGACAUGAAUAUUCCAUAUUUGUCUACUAUGGGUUGGAUUGAAUCUCUGAACUUGACUGUCGACAGUCGUUGGAAGCCAUGGUUCCUCCACGGACAGGUUGCAGGAUACAGAGUGCUGUACUCAGAUAAAAAGUACCAGUUGACAUAUACAACUAUAAAGGGAGCCGGUCACACAGCUCCAGAGUACAAGCCUGAAGAAUGUCUUGCUAUGAUAACUAGGUGGUUGGCAUACUACCCUCUCUAG